AUUAAAAACUUUCCUGUAUUUCUUAAUAACAAAAUAUUACCAGAUGCACAUAAUACAUUUUAAGGCUUUAAAAAUUUAUCUUUAAAAACAGGAUUAAUAUUCUCUGGACAUACUUAAAUACAGUUUUUGACUUGUGAAUAAUUUGGAAUUAUAACUCUGGGAUUUAAAUUUGACCAGGAUUUGGACUAUUUUUGCACAUUAGAUUGGAUUUUACAGAUAUUUGACAUUUUUAAGGAGGUUAUUUUCUUUACAAUGGGAGAGCUUCAAGGGGAGAUGAUGGCAGGUGAAAAUGCUGGUGUGUUACAGCAUGUUUUUAAACAAUAUGACCGCCAUGGCAAAGGAGAGCUCAUGCCACAUGAAGUACAAAGUUUACAUGGGGACAUCAGGAUGGGAGGAAUCAGCUAUCCACAGGUUCUUGCCAGUAUGAAAUAUACUUGCGCUACUCAUGACACAUGUACUCAGGAUGAACUGUAUGACCUUCUACAGGAGAUGGACCGACGAUAUUUCCUGCUGCAAGAUCUUCGCUGGGAAUUCUCUCUGCUUGACAGGGAUCAAAGAGAUACAAUCACUAUUGAACAAGCGAGAUGGAUGGUUCAGGCAGUUCAUGGGAAGAAUUUUUCUAAGAGGAAAUGGUCAGACUUUCUCCGCAACCGUGCAAUCCCUGGUACUGGAGUAGCCUUCCAGGAGAUUGAGGUGUUGCUGUGCAAUGUGAAGAGCAGCUUAGAUGUUCUGAAAGACAGAGAAGAUGAGGAGAGAGAAAGACGAGAAGGCAAAAUACCCAGUGAAUCAGAGCGAGAAGAAAGAGAAAGAUUAGCUGAAGAAGAAGCUUUGAUGGAGAAAGAAAGACAGAGAAGAUUGAGAGAAGAAGAAAGAAGGAGGAAAGAAGAGGAGAAGCAGAGACUUGAGGAUGAGGCUCGUAGAAAGAUGAUGGAGGAGGAGGAUGAGCGACGAAGAUUGCAGCGUCAGAAGGAAGAAGAGGAGAGACUGCUUGAGGAACAGCGGUUACGUCAGUUGGAGGAGGAGGAGGCAAGGAGAAGGCAAGAUGAAAUGGAAAAAUACAAGGAUGCUGAGAAAAUACUGGAGGACACAAGCGAGAAAGAGAAGGACCUGGAAGAGCAGUUGCGUAUUGUACGUGAGAAACUGAAAGUGGAGACAGAUGAAAAGAAAAGGAAAGAGUUGGAGGAAGAAGAACAGAGACUUCUUAAACUCCUUUAUGAUUUGAAGCAUAAGAGAAUAAGAUACAGCCUAAAGGUGGCUAUCAAGGAGAAAGACAAGUAUCAGCUCAACUAUUCUAUCAAUGAGUUCAAGACAGAGAAGGUGGAAGAUGUAGACAUGGACCUUGAGAAAGCUGAAAAACUACUGAGGGAGAUAACUUCUAGAGACAAUCUGAGGAAAGCGAUGUCCCGCCGAGAGAUUGAGGAGUUAGAAAAAGCUAUAAACGUUAUCAAGAAGAAUGGUCUGGAGGUACAACUAGCAAGAGAACUUCGUGAUGCCAAUGAGAUCCUGGCUCGUCUACGUAAGAUUCAGCGUAUACGUUCAGAGAUCUUGGAGCUGAAGCAGUCAACUGUGGCUGAGAUCAGGAGUUACCAGAAACCACCACCAGUGGUACAUACAGUCAUGACAGCAACAUUUCUUAUACUGGGACAUCAAGAGAAAGAAACUAAGGACUGGAAGAAUAUUCAGGCACUUGUUGGUAAGACAGGUAAGGAUGGUUUGAAGCGACGAUGUCUCGAGUGUAAUGCUGCUAAAAUAUCAACAGCUGCUGCUGCACGUGCAAAGGAACUGCUGGAUAAACAGGAACUGGAUGAAGUGAGGGAUGUGUCAGCUGGUGCUGCCACUUUCUAUGUGUUUUCUGUUGCCAUGGUAGAGGAAGCGAUAGAUCUUGCAGAAAGAGGUCCUAUUGAGCCAGAAACAAGUGACAGUCGGGUGCUUGGUGCCAAGCCUAAGAUUGACCCCACUAAGAUGGUCAUCAGCAGGUCCAAACAAAUGGUGACCACAUCUGGACCAAACACAAGAAGCCGUAGCAAGACACCUACCAGAAAGAAGUAAUAUAUGAAGGUCAUAACAUAUGACCAUGGAUCAAAACUUUUGUCACUACUCAAUUUUGUACUUUACCUUUAUACUGUUUUUCAUUAUUCAAGACGUUAAGUUUGAGUAUUUGUAUGUUGUUUAGAAUUUUAAUAUCUAAAAAAGUCUUCUGUAAAAAUGUGUUAAAUAGAUUAUUUUAUAUUCAGUAAUGCAUUAAUUAUAAAUUGAAUAAUUUAAAUUGUUUUACUAUUGAUUGAAUCACAUUCAGUGACCUGGAUUUUACUAAGAUAGAUUUUGACGGACUGUCAUGUAAUAUGUAGGCCUGGAGGUAAUAUUUAAACUCACUUGACAUCUGUUUUUAUUUUUUCAUAUAUUUUCACACCCACUUUUUAGGACCUCUUCUCUUUUAAGUAAUAUAUUGUAUAUACAGAAGUAAUUUGAUGUUUCUGAUGGUUUUUUUGUAUAUGUUAAGAGUGUAUUCUUAAUGCAUUAAUGUAUUAUGGUCAGUUCAUCUGCAUCAAAAGGACCAGUGUGAGCUUAACUGGUCAUGUAACAGCCGUCCAUUAAUUUGUCAAAAUUGGAUGAAAUAAUUCUGUUGGCUUUUAAUAAUUUAUGAAUGAUUGGCAUUUGACUUGAUGCAUCUCAUUGUGUUAGACGUCAAACAUAAGGGGCCCUAACUGCAAUUUGAAAUUGAAUUGUGGCCAAAAAGUGAUUUUUAGUUUGCAGACUGUUUAGAUUUCAACCCAGUUUGGCCAGAUGCAUCCUCAGGAAUUCUAUCAAAAUUAUAAAAAAAAAUAUCUUUAUUACACAACUGUAGGCUGUUGGAAUUUUACCACUAGGGCUAUCUAGUCUUUAUUCUUUUCAUAAAAUUUGUACAUAUUUUAUACAGCUUGAAGUGUUAGGCAAAAACCUCUGGUGAGCGGUACAGGCAGUCUUGGCAUCUUAUUUAUUCUCUAUUUUGACUUUGUAAAAUGCAUUUAUUUAAGUAUUUAAUGUUUACUUCACCUGCUGGCAGGAGCUGAUAGUUUUAGUUCACUUGAACUGUAGGUUCAGGGUGAGCUAUUGUGAUGGUACUGUGUCCAUCGUCUAUGUCAAGUGUUAGCUUUUUACUUUAAACAACUUGUUUUCAUGAACCACAUGAGGAAUCUUCAUCAAACUUUGUCAGAAAAUUCCUUGCAUGGACUUUUAAAUAAGAUCUUUUCAUAGGUCACUUGGUGGAUGUUAAAGCCUUGUUCAAGAAUCCUUGAGCUAAAUAUAGAAAAACUUUUAAACAAUUUCUUCACCAAGUGUUGUUGUCUGAAGCAUCUCUCAGAUGUCUUCAGAUACCUGGUAGAUCCACUUGGCCCCUUUUAGGGACCACCAGACGAGAAACUGAAAAAUCGUUUUUAACAACUUCUUCUCAUGAACCACCCUGUAGCAUUGUUGUAAGGUCCACUCUCAAAUUUGUUCAGGUGGUUCUGCAUGGUAGACCCCUUUUAGGAAUUGCCAGAGAAAAAUAUAGACAAACCUUUAAAUGACUUCUACAUAUGGUUAUCUUAUCUUCUUCUAAUGCAAGUUCCAAAUUGUAAGAUAUUAAAACUUACAAGUUCAAGGUAUAAAGGCUUUUCAGGUGAGCACCAUACAGUCACAUUUGAGCCAUGUUUUGUUCUUGUUUAUUUGUCUAAGGAAUAGAAUGCCAUCUGGUUGUUUGUUUAGAAAAUGUAAUGAAGACAUUUUGAUUUUUUUGCUCACAAAAGUUAUUUUUCAGAUGUAAUAAUAGAGUUAACCUAAGGUAUAUAUAUAUAUACCAAGUUUUUUAAAGACAGUUUUUGCAUGGAGGUAAUUUUGCUAGAUUUACAAAUGUAGCUAAAUCAGAAAUAACAAACAAUAAUUAAAGUUUCUUGUUUUACUAAUAUUUUUGUCAUAUCGUAACAAAAAAGAUUCUUUCCAUUGAAUUAAUUUUUUAGCUUUAUGGGAUAUGAAUAUAUGAUGUGCAUUUAUUUUCUCUUGUCAGGGAAGGACCAUACUAACAUGAAUUGAGAAAAUAAUAUAACUAACAAUUUAAGUUUUACCCAAAUUCCCUAUAAUAUUUGAAGAAUGGUUGUUAAUUAUUUCAAAUAAAAAUCUUUUCAUGAACUGUUUGUUGUAGAGGAAACAUACAAAUCUGUUGUUGAAUUUUGCAAAUCUUCAUGAAAUACAUGGUUGUUUUAUAUGAAUUCUGUGAUAAAGUUUCCUAUAGAAACAUCAGCUGUUGAAAAAAAGUUUGUAUUUUUUGGAGUAAACGAACGAAAAUAGA